CAACUGUUGGGUUCCAGAAAGCUCUUAUUUGGAUAAGCUUGUAGUCAGGAAUAACAUCGUGUAUUUUGAUUGAUUGAUAGAAAGACAUCAUGGGAAAAAAGACUUAUUAAAAAAAAAGAGUAAGGAGAAAUUCUGAGAGAGUGAAAGAAAAUGAAAGAGUUAGAAAGAAUAGGAAAAGAGUGUAGUGAUAAUAAAAAAAUGAAAAGGAAAAAUGAUAGUAAUUAUAUCUGCAGAAGGUAGGAAAAGAUGUGGAGAUGGCAGAUUGGAGGGUAUUUUAUGAUAUUAAUGCUGAUAGCUUAAGGGAAAGGCUUGAUAGAUGACAGCUUCUUGUUAAAUGGAAAAGCCAAGCUGAUGGAGUGAAGACAAAUACUCUCUCAUUUUAUCUAUUCCUUCAUGGGACAUGCAAUUUUAGAUGUGGAGCCAACUGAUUCUUGGAAUUCCUUGAAGUAUCUUGUUGCAUGGCAAUAAUGGUGGAUUAUAGUUGUACGCCUGAAGAAGUCCAGCAGCAUUUCCAGUCAUGCGGAACAGUCAAUAGGGUCACUAUUUUGACGGACAAAUUUGGUCAGCCAAAGGGUUUUGCUUAUGUUGAAUUUCUGGAGGUCGAGGCUGUUCAAGAAGCUCUCCAAUUAAAUGAAUCAGAGUUACAUGGUCGUCAAAUCAAAGUGGCUGCCAAACGGACUAAUGUCCCUGGGAUGAAGCAGUUUCGUCCCCGACGGUCUAAUCCAUAUAUGGGAUAUCUCACGAGAAGGCCUUACAUGCCGCCGCCAUAUUUCCCCCCGCCUUAUGCAUAUGGGAAGAUGCCUAGAUUUAGAAGGCCAAUGCGUUACCGGCCUUUCUAAGAGCAAAGCGUAGUAGUUGGUGUGUUUCCUACUGAUUCUUAAGACAACUGCAACCUUAUUAUUAUGGACAAAAUGUAUCGGCAAAGAUAAGCACCGUGCUCUAUGUUGCUAGUUAUUUGGCUGUUUCUUGAUUUGUACCCCUAAUGGCAACCCUGCCAGUUCAAAGUUCUGUUAUAUUCGUUGUUCUUGAAAAUUCAUAAAA